GUGGGAGCCAACGGGAGAGCCGCGACUGCUGCCUGCUCCCUCCAAUCACGGGGAAGCUGGGGCUCCCAGCUUUGAAGGCUGGGUAUCCUGUGUGUGGAUGGAUGAGCUGGGAAAUGCUGUAUCCCUAUUCCGGGCGCGCGCGCCUCUGCGAAGGGGCGUCCGAGUUGGCACCCGCUAAGUGAGGUAAGGAGAAGGAGGCGGCAGGCAGCGCUUGGCUCCCUCUCUCUCCCCGGCCUGAGGCGCAGAAAGAAACGCUGGAAAGGAUCAUUUAUUGUGUGUUUUCAGAAGGAACCACAAUAGAGAGAGUACACAAGAGCAUGGACACAGAAGGAUUCCCUCCGCCGCCACCACCUGAAGUUUUAGAAAACGAACUAACAACCGGCACUGUUGAUGAUGAAGAGGAGGAGGAGGAAGGAGAACAGUUUGACUUUGAUAGUGGAGAUGAUAUUCCAGAAGCAGACAGGCAAAGUGCUUUGCCAUCGAAUUUAGAGCCUAAGAAGAAUAACACAGAACAGGAAGAAGUGAAUUCUACAGGGAAUGAAAAUGUGGAUGGAGCCGAGAAAAUGGCGGGAGCUGACGGCACAGCAGAGGUGGUCCCACCAAGAGUAAACCCAUACUCUGUCAUAACAAUUUCGCCAGUGCAAGAAAAGGAGCCAUCAUUGUCACCAGAGCCAAGCCCACAGGAUGGAAGUAUAAGCCCUACCCUCCCAAGUGGAUAUUCUGUUCCUGUGCCCUGCGGUUAUGCUGUACCAUCCAACUUACCAUUGCUGUUGCCAGCAUACUCCAGUCCUGUCAUAAUAAGAACUGUGUCUGUGGAUGAAGAAGCAAAUGUUCAUAUAGUUGCUGAAGAUUGCCAUAAUUCUCAGAGUUCAGAGGAUCCCCAGAACGGUGAAGAUAAUCGGGAGAAUAAAGAUGAGAAUGCCUUGGCCAAAUGGGCUGCUGAUCCUGCAAACACAGACUGGAUGGAGAAUCCAGAUGAGGUAAUAUAUGACGAUGUGCCAAGAGAAAAUUCAGACUCAGAACCAGAGGAGAUGAUUUACGAUGAUGUUGAAAAUGGAGAUGAAGGUGGAAAUAGCUCUCUAGAAUAUGGGUGGAGUUCGAGUGAGUUUGAAAGCUAUGAAGAGCAAAGCGAUUCAGAGUGUAAGAAUGGAAUGCCCAGUUCUUUUCUGCGUGGCAACCACAGAAGACAACUUUCUCAUGACCUAACCCGUUUAAAGGAGCACUAUGAGAAAAAGAUGAAAGAUUUGAUGGCAAACACGGUGGGAGCUGUAGAGAUUCAGCAACUAAAGCAAAAACAUGAGCUGAAGAUGCAAAAGCUAAUGAGGGCAGCUAGGGAAGGAACCAAAGAUGGACUAGAAAAAACGAAAGCGGCUGUGAAGAAAGGCCGGUCUUUCAUUAGAACGAAGUCAUUUAUUAGUCAUGACCAUAGAUCAACCUGCCUAGAAGAAGAGGAACUGUUUAUCGAUGUAGACUGUAUGCAUACAGAGGCAAUCAUGACACCGAUGCCCGAUGGAUUAUCGCAACAACAGGUGGUGAGAAGAUAUAUUUUAGGAGCCGUGGUUGACAGUGAGAAAAAUUACGUGGAUGCUCUCAAAAGGAUUCUAGAGCAGUACGAGAAGCCUCUUUCAGAAAUGGAACCCAAAUUAUUGAGCGAGAGGAAACUGAAGAUGGUGUUUUACCGAAUUAAGGAGAUUCUUCAGUGCCAUUCAAUGUUUCAAAUAGCACUGGCCAGUCGUGUCUCUGAGUGGGAUUCUGUUGAGAUGAUUGGAGAUGUCUUCGUUGCAUCGUUUUCUAAAUCUAUGGUGCUGGAUGCUUACAGCGAAUAUGUAAAUAAUUUUAGCACUGCUGUGGGGAUUCUCAAGAAAACGUGUGCCACUAAACCUGCCUUCCUUGAAUUUUUAAAGCAAUGCCAAGAAUCUAGUCCUGAUAGAAUUACACUCUAUGGCUUAAUGAUGAAACCCAUACAACGCUUUCCUCAGUUCAUCCUACUGCUACAGGAUAUGUUGAAGAACACGACUAAAGGCCACCCUGACAGACUGCCUCUACAGAUGGCCCUCACAGAGCUUGAAACGUUGGCAGAGAAAUUAAACGAAAGGAAAAGGGAUGCAGAUCAGCGCUGCGAAAUAAAACAAAUCGCAAAAGCCAUGAAUGAGCGUUAUCUGAACAAGUUACUCAGCAGUGGGAACAGGUGCCUCGUGCGAACUGAUGAUAUGCUGGAAACUGUUUACAACGACAGAGGAGAAAUCGUGAAAACCAAAGAGCGGCGACUCUUCAUGUUAAAUGAUGUACUGAUGUGUGCGACUGUGAAUGUCCGUUCUUCCCAUGAAAACAGUGGCAUUGUGACUGGCGAAAGAUACUUACUAAAAUGGAGUGUUCCCCUUGGGCAUGUGGACGUUAUAGAGUAUGGGAGCAAUGAAGGUCAAGAUGAAAAUUGCAGAUUCCCUCCCCAACAUUCCUCUGAGAAUAUUGCUGUUAAUGCCAAGCCAAACAAGCUUUAUAUGGGACCAGGGCAACUGUACCACGAUUUGCAGAAUCUAUUACACGAUUUGAAUGUAGUUGGCCAAAUCAGUCAACUAAUAGGCAGUCUUAAAGGAAACUACCAGAAUUUAAAUCAAUCAGUGGCACAUGACUGGACCUCAGGUUUGCAAAAGCUUAUUUUGAAAAAAGAAGAUGAAAUCAGAGCUGCAGACCGCUGUAGGAUUCAACUUCAGCUUCCAGGAAAGCAGGACAAAUCAGGACGGCCUACUUUCUUUACAGCGGUGUUCAAUACAUUUACACCUGCCAUCAAACAAUCUUGGAUCAAUAAUUUACAAAUGGCUAAACUUGCUCUCGCUGAGGAGAAUCUGCUGGGCUGGUUUUGCAUAGAUGAUGAUGGGAAUCAGAUAAAAAAAGAGAAGCAUCCACUGCUUGUGAAGCACAUGCCUGUGAUGAUGGCCAAACAACAGGAGUUUAAGGUGGAAUGUGCUGUUUACAAUCCUGAACCAUACUCAGGGGAGGAAACGGAUCCAGAUUCUCUCGCUGUAGAGCAUGGUUUUCUGUGGAUUGGCAGUUGUACUAACCAAAUGGGCCAAAUUGCCAUCGUAUCAUUCCAAAACUCCAGUCCAAAAGUUAUUGAAUGUUUCAAUGUGGAAUCGCGGAUUCUCUGCAUGGUCUACAUUCCAGAAGACGAGAAACGCAAAGCAUCAAAUAUGCCUUCUGAGCCGGAAGAUACGCCGACGAAGCCCUCCAGUGUGCCUACUAUUUGCCUUGGCAUGGAAGAAGGAAGCAUCUCUGUUUACAAAAGUAGCCAAGGCUCAAAGAAGGUGCGACUUCAGCAUUUCUUUGCUCCUGAGAAAUCUACUGUCAUGAGCCUCGUGUACAAGAGUCACCAUUUGUUUGCUGGGCUUGUCAAUGGUAACAUUGCCAUCUACACAAAGCUGGAAGAUGGAAGUUGGAACUCAGAACCUCAGAAAGUAGUAAAGUUGGGUGUCCUUCCAGUAAGAAGUCUCCUUGUCAUGGAAGAAACCAUCUGGGCUGCUUCUGGCGGACAAAUUUUUAUAAUCAGUACCGAAACUCAUACUGUAGAGUGCCACUUUGAAGCCCAUCAAGAGGAAGGGAUGGUGAUUUCUCAUAUGGCUGUCGCAGGAGUUGGGAUCUGGAUUGCCUUCACAUCGGGAUCUACGCUUCGCCUUUUCCACACCGAAACCCUUAAGCAUCUCCAAGAUGUGAAUGUCGCUACCCUGGUUCACAAUAUGUUGUCAGGGCAGCAGCGUGUUUCUGUGACCAGCCUCCUGGUUUGCCAUGGCUUGUUAUUGGUUGGGACAAAUCUUGGGAUAAUAGUAGCACUCCCAGUUCCUCGUUUGCAAGGAAUUCCCAAAGUAACUGGAAGAGGAAUGGUUUCUUACCAUGCGCAUAAUGGCCCAGUUAAGUUCCUUGUAAUGGCCUCUGUAACCAACAAGAGAAGCAAAAGCAAAAACAAACCAAGGCACAGCCUGAGUCGUCCUCGUUCGGGAUUGAAAGAUGAGGACCAAAAGAACGUUGUUCACAGUGAGAGACCUAGUUCUUCUCUGAGCAACCCCAAUGACAGUGCUGUUUGGCUGGGAGGCUCAGUAGGGUCCAUCGCUCAGAAAAGUGACUUGUCUUCAUCUUCUGGGUCCCUGACGUUGUCUCAUGGAUCAAAUACAACUGAGCACAGGCCCGAGGAGAGUGCCGUCUAUGAGCUUUUGAAAGAAGUCUCUCUUAGCCGGAGUAAAAAAUGUCGAUCCAAAGAAGGAAAAGCAGUAUCUGUCUUGGUCAUCUCUGGAGGACAAGGACACAGAAGAGUGAACAAGAAGUGUAAGCAGCAGCGGCCAGAUGAACUGGUUUCGUCUGUGAUGGUUUGGCAGAUUCCACUAUUAAAGAUCUAACAUCACGGUACAUUGUGAUUUUGUGAAAAACGUCUGCUUUAGACCCAAAUGUGUCUUCAUCAUGAUGAACCUUCAUCCAAAUAGAUUUCUGGUGUCAUGUGAAAAUGAGUUCUGGGCCCAAGUGUCAGUCUUUGCAGAGGUGUGCACACAUAUGACUAGCUGCAUUGAAAUCGGUGAGAUUGCUUGCUUGAAUAAGGUGCUUAAAAAUAUCAUAAUAUGUCCUCGGGUUGAAAAUGCUUAGUUCUUAAUGGAAACUCUCUAAUGGGAAUAGGGGGUGUAAGCUGCUUCUUUUUUAAAAACAACAAUUUUGCCAUUAUUUAUAUUCAAAAGUUAUAUCCUAGAGAAUACUAAAUGAAAUGCAAGGAUCGAAUAGAAUUCCACCAGUGGGUCUCCCUUAACUUCUUCUUACAAAGCAAUAUAACUCUUCCAUUUUGUCUACUAGCUUAAUUCCAGAGGGCAUAGGUAAACUUGUAAUAUAUUUCUUCAGACCAAAAGAAAGAAAGAAAAGAAAAGAAAGGUGUAUUGAGUCAAAUAGUAAUUUAGAUUUAUAUCCUUGAAGCAAACAGCUAAUACUAUUUUUAAUGCUCAGUAUUAAAAAAAAAAACAUUGCAGAAAAUGUUGACACACAAAACUACAUGGUUUACCCUUUUUACUUAUUUAAGUGUGGGGUUUUUGUUUGCUUUUUUUUUUAACUGUUUGGUCAUUGCCAAUAGAUAGAAGAAAAUAACAUGAAUACAGAUGUUAGUAGGUACAAAUAGUAGUUCAUGUUUUGGUGCUCUUUUGUUUAUAGCAUAUUCUGUUGCUGGCAGUAGAAUGUGCUCCAUUUUAUUGUACAUGAAUAAUUUUUUUGGGGGGGGGGCAAAUAGCAAAACAAAUUAUGAGAUUAUGUAUCCAUAAAGUAGCAGAGUUCAGCACUAUCCGAAUACAUGAAUGUUCGCUAGAAGUGCACAUUAUUAAUGCAAGCUUUGACCUGAAAUCAAUUGAAGUGUACAUUUGCCAUGACCACAGGCCAAGCCCGAUGCCUAAUAUCUAUGAGAAGAAGCAUUCUAUUUACAAGCAAUAGGGGUGGGAGGUCAUUUUGUUUAGAGCAAAUUUCACAAUCCUGUUUUGCUUUAUAACUUACGUUCCCAUUUAGCCGUAAUAAUGCACACUUGGGAUUCAGGUAUAGGCAACACAGCAGUCCCUGAUGUUGCCAUGACUGUUGAGAAAUGGUAACAACUUGCAGCCAAGCCAACUUACAAGACCAGGGCUUUCAACCUCUAGUCCAGAAGUCAUGACAGCUGUAUGCAUUCCUGCAAGCCGUUUCACAAGCGGUGGGCCUCUGUGAUGUCUUGAAACCCUCCUGAUACUUGACCGCUGCAUAAUGGGGCCGUCUUAUGGAUCAUGUUUGACCAUGCCUCUCCCUGGACGGGUUUAUUUGAUCAAUGAUAGCAACCCUUUUCACAGCAUGGGAUGGAAUAGCAACUGGUGUUGGUGUAACUUGCUGUACCCAUGUACUCGGAUCACAGCAGGAAUGUUGUAUCACUCUGAGGUCACUCCUUGAUGCAGGGAGAAUUCCAGUGGGGAAAGUUUGCACUGUAUAUAUAUUAUGACCAUUUACUGUAAGUGUAGAUUUAGAAUGGCCUUAAGAUCAUCAGAUGAUAAGCCCAGGCACUUAACCAAAUGGGCAAAAUAGGAAGGUGGUUUGGGUUUACUUGAGAUUGAGCAGGGCUGGAUAGAAGGUACUUUGUGAUCUACUGCUAUAUUGCUGGUUGAUUUGCAGUGGAUGGGCAACCGUUUCUGAUUCCCAGAUGUUUUAACAAUUGAAAAGCCCCCUGCCCUCUUUUAUUUCUAUAUUCGUGGGCAGCUGGCUUCAUCCCCGAGCCACUGUUUUGCACAUGUUCCCCCGGCUGGUGUACCUUGAGCUGUAACAGAAAAUAAAUGUAGAUCCCGCGAGUGUGAAGUCUGCUGCUCACACUUGGCAAAGAGGAUGUGAAAGUGGUUCACGCUUCUACGUCUGCCAGUAGUGUAACAUUUGAAUUAUUGGUGCCUGGGGAGAUACGUCACAGCAAAACCUGUGUGUUCCAUUUGUGGACAAGGAACUAACCACAGACAAGAUGCAAGUGCCAAUAGCUGGAGCAUGGAACUAGAUAUUCAGAGAUUCAGUUGACUCUCACCCCUGCUGUACCUGACAGCAAACAAUAUCCUAGUGACCCCUUGUGUCCUUUACUGGAGCAGUGGGCUGACAUCAACAAAAAGUGCUGAUGCCAUCUAUGGAAGCUGGAAAUAUUAAUCACUGUCCCAGCUUGCCAAAUCAAUUCCUAAUAAAAACCCAACCAACCCAGUCUUCCAAAUGUACUAGAAGAACUGUUUUUAAGCUUGUGUACUGCUUUUGGUUUCAAGACACGUUUGAGCACAAUGUAGGAGAAGGCUGGUCAUUCCUAAAACCAACGUAUUUCCAUGGAACUUGUGUAUGCCUUUUCCUUGGACCCACUGUGUGCACCAUUCAUUUGGAAAAACCAAAGGAAUAACUUCCACUAUCAUAAACAAGAGCAGGAUCGACCUUCUUUCUCAUGACGUAUGCACCGAAUUUACCUGCUUCCGAGAUUUAUGUAGCUGGUUCAGUUUCCUGCCCUGAAUAGCCUUGCUGACUUUUGGUUCCAUUCAUCCAAAGAGAUGUUUAAAAAUUCUCUGACCCCUUUGAACUUGCCUUUCUUGAACAACACCCCAUCCCCGUGCGUGCAGCACAUACAGAAUUGCUUUUGAAACCGAAGGGACUUUCAAAAAUAAGUUUGCGCUGUGGCCUUGGGCUCACCUGCUCAAAGGAUAAAAAGUUGCAGAUCUCUGGAUCCCAGCUGCUGACUGCUGCCAAACACAGACUUCUGCAAAUCUUCUGAAAGACAUUUGCGCUGCUAGGUAGCAUGGCAAAGAACAGCUUUAAAGUAUCUUAUGUAAUUGUAUAUAGAUAAAAAUGCUAACAAGUAACCAAGUGCAAGAUACAUUUGCUUUGCGAUAUAUUGCAAACUUUGUGCUAUAUUGCUUCAGUGUUGGGUGCACGCCAGUGGUAAUGUACUUCUAGAGUAAACGGGCAUAUAUAAAAAUAAACAUGUUGCUAGGUGGACCAGAUUUUGCUUCGGCUUCCACUUGCAAGUGCAAAAAUCCUAAGAAAAAAAUAGGAGGAAGGGAAGAGUGUACAACCACUAUACCACAUUAAAUAUUUUCUAACAUCUAACAGUAUGUGAUAUAACCUGAGCCAUAAGAUUUGUAUUUAUGUCUACAAUAAACUCAGAAAAAAAUAUUUCAUAAAGAAAACUGUGAAUAAACCAUUCCUCAAAACUA